UGUAAACGGUCCAAGCCCUCUCUCAUCCUCACUCCCCGAGAGGAAGUCCAACCGUCAUGACACCGCUAUUCAUCAUCCUAUACAUCGUAUACCUAGCCAGUUCCGUCACACACUCCAGUCUAGGCACCAAGACCAAAGCACCACAUUGUGAUGGGCAUCAGGCGAAUUUUAGCAAGAGUGCGGUUAUGGGAACUUGGUAUGUGGUUGCUUUGAUACCAGGGAUUGGACUCCCCAGGUUGAGGCACGUGGAGUGCUAUAAAAUGGACUUGAGUGAGACUGACGAGGCAGGAGUGCGAUGGCUUGUAAAAAGAAAAAUUAAAAACCCGAGCGACGAUUUUAUAAGAAAACUGACGGGGACCAUAAUACGUCAACGUUUCCAUUCCGAAAAGCCUUUUGAUAUUUGGUCAAAGGGUUAUUAUACCUCGAGGGGAUGCUUCCGACAACUGUUGUCUUUGGAAACUAAUAAUACUAAUGUUGCUGAUGGCGAAUAUUACGAAAACUACAUGCAAUUACACAUUGUACACACAGACGACGUACGUGCUGGACCGUACCUAGUUCAGGUUCUUUGGGGGAGGCUGAUCUCUGCUAUUAUUUACCGAAGAGCAACGGGGACUUCCCUAGAGCGCCUGGAACCAAUCCACGAGUUUGUGUCCAAAAUGCGAGGCCACCAGCAGCCACCCAGGAUCUGUGACCUGCCACUAAAAGUGAUACCACCACCGCCUUUCCAGCGACCUUAAUUCUUUUACCGUGCAUUUACAUUUGUAACAGGUAGCUCUCGUCUUGCCCCUUUUUGUGAAUUCGUAAAUGCGUCUUAUAACAUUCAUUUUUAAUUCAGGGUAAUAAUUAGGUAUGAUUAUUUAAAUUAUUUUGGUAUUUGAAACUGUAAGUAAUUUUUAAUAACGGCACGGCAUAACUUUGUAGUAGGAUCUGAAAUAGAAAUAUUGAAUUGCUUUUGGUAAUUUUGUAUUUUUUUCUGUAUAUUUCUUAAAUUAUUGAUCUUUAUAACACCAAACUUAUUUGGAACAGCAAUUUCAAUAGGUUGUCAGGGAAAACAUUGCUGAAAUAAAAUGAUUACGUUUUAAA